AGCUCCGAGCAGGGCGUGGGCAGAGUGGGCAGCAGCCAGCCAAGCCAAGCACCAGCAGCACGCAUCGCCGUCCUGCACCCACCACCGUCGCACUGCACGGCACCCUCCCCCUCCACCACCCGCCCGUCCACACGCAGCCAUGUCCGGCGCCGGGGCCCGCGAAGCCGUCUUCCCCACGCGCCAGUCGCUGGGGCUGAUGAAGACGAAGCUCAAGGCCGCGCAGCAGGGCCACGACCUGCUGAAGCGCAAGAGCGAGGCGCUGACCAAGCGAUUCCGCGAAAUCACCCGCCGCAUCGACGAGGCCAAGCGCAAGAUGGGCCGCGUCAUGCAGGUCGCCGCCUUCUCGCUCGCCGAGGUCUCGUACGCCGUCGGCGGCGACAUUGGCUACCAGAUCCAGGAGUCGGCCAAGCAGGCCCGCUUCCGCGUGCGCACCAAGCAGGAGAACGUGUCCGGCGUGUUCCUGCCGCAGUUCGAGAGCUACACCGUCGAGGCCAACAACGACUUCGCCCUGACCGGCCUGGGCAAGGGCGGCCAGCAGAUCCAGCGCUGCCGCGAGACGUAUGCGCGCGCCGUCGAGACCCUGGUCGAGCUGGCCAGUCUGCAGACCGCCUUUGUCAUCCUGGACGAGGUCAUCAAGGUCGUCAACCGCCGUGUCAACGCCAUUGAGCACGUCAUCAUCCCCCGCACUGAGAACACUAUCAAGUACAUCAACUCGGAGCUCGACGAGCUGGACCGCGAGGAGUUUUACCGUCUGAAGAAGGUGUCCGCGAAGAAGAAGGGCGACGCGGCCGCCGAGGAGGCUGUAAGACAAGAGAAGAAGGCCGCAGAUGCCGCCAAGGCAGAGAGCGAGCCUGAGAAGGCGGCCGAGGAGGUCCCUGAGACCAAGGACGUGCUGGGCGACGAAGAUGGCCAGGACGUCAUCUUCUAGAGGAGUCUCAAUUACUGCACAUACACAUAGAACAAGUUAUACAGCGCAUUCUGACG